AUGGUCCAAGUCAAGAACCUCAUGCUUCCCUACUCCAUCAACGCGCCCAAUGUCUGGAACCAGAUCAAGGAGCAGCCUGGCUUCGCCACCGUCUCGGUCUUUUUUCGUAAUGGCUUCAACUCUACCGAAGGACAGGACGACCUUUCUGAGAGCAUCCACUAUGGCAAUUUGGCCAAGGCCAUCCGAGGAUCCAAUCCAGGUGGAGGGACGCCCGCUGAGGUACUGGCAGGUGUCGAGCACCUGGUACGCGAGAUGGGACGAAGACCAGACGGCCGGAACGUGGUUGAGAGUACAGUCACCGAGCUCCACCUACCAAAGGCGAGCAUGACAGGGGAUGAGAUCUCGUUUACCUGGAUUCAGAAAGAUGUACGAGAUCAUGGUCGCGAGAAGUUCGAGACUGUACGCAGGCUGUUUUCGAUCCACGACAUGCGGCUCAUGACGCUGGUCGGAAUGAACAAAAACGAGAGAGAGGCGAAGCAGCCGGUCAUCGCCAGUCUGGAGUUUGACUACGUUGCUGUGAAUGCGCAGCAGCCGGAGAAUCGACAGCCAUUCCCAGAAGGUGACGUCUUGAGGAUUGAGUACUUGCUCACGAAGGUGAGACAUCACACAUAUUCUAGUAGGUCGCAGGCGCUGACAGUCUACAAGCUCAUCGAAGACUCCAAAUUCGAGACUCUGGAGCUCAUGGCACAGCGUGCCAUCACCCUGCUCUCACGAGACUUCUGGGACAGAGGCUAUGGAAGCCCGAGCGUGCGCCUGCGGUUGGAGAAGCCGAAGGCAAUCACUUUUGCAGAUGCGGCAGUGGUGGAGCUGUAUGUUCCUGCGAGAGACAGCACGACCGAACGUUCACCGGUUCCCAAUGGUGCUCCCGAUGUUAACAUGGAGGACGCCACGAAUAAAAUCAAGCAGGAGAACGACCAGAUCAAGAAGGACGAGGAGCGAGAGCCGGCGAUGAGUAACAUUCCACCGGCGCCCGUUGCGGGAAAUGGUCUUAGAGUGAUCAAGCCCUUCAUAUGA